CACACACACACACACACACACACUGGGAGAGCGGUAAUGCUGAAUCUGACAGUCGGUGUGUGUUUCCUUGCCCUCAUCCUGUAACCCGGGACACAGAGACAUGGCAGCGCGCGGAGCAGAAAACACAGACCCCACGGAGGAGUGCUUUGAAGAUGCCUAUGACCGAAUCCCAGUUGCCUCUAGGAUGGACCUGCCGUCGUCUAUAGAGGAGUGCACUCUGGCUCUCAAUUUGCUGCUGAACAACAAGUUCACUGAAGCUCUGGAUGUCCUCAGGCCCUGGUAUAAGGACAGUGUGUAUCAUGCUCUGGGUUACAGCAGUAUUCUGGUGAUGCAAGCAGGAAUGACUUUUGAGCACAAGGACAUUCAGGUUGCCAUGACAGCCAUCAAAGAGUCUCUGCAAACCUGCCAGAAGUUCAGAAAGAGAAGGUCGAUGGUGGACUCACUCUCCAGUUUGGUGUCUAAACAGUCAUCUAAUGGCAUGAAAGCAGAGGAGAUGCAUGCAGAGAUAUGUUAUGCUGAGUGUCUGUUACAGAAAGCUGCACUGACCUUCAUACAGGAUGAGAACAUGAUCAGCUUCAUUAAGGGAGGCAUGAAAAUCCGCACCAGCUAUCAGAUAUACAAAGAUUGCCAGAAUGUGUUAAGUGUGUGUCAGAGUGCGGACAGACACAUUGAGGCCUUCACACAGUUUGAAAGUGGCGUGAACCUGGGCAUCGGCUCCUUCAACCUGAUGUUGUCGCUGCUGCCUGCACGAAUCCUCCGACUGCUGGAGUUCAUCGGCUUCUCAGGGAACAGAGAGUUUGGGCUAGCCCAGCUAAGAGAAGGAGCAGCGACUUACAGUCUAAGAUCCAUCUUGUGUGUAUUAACACUGUUGUUGUACCACACCUACGUCUGCCUUAUCCUCGGAACAGGAGAAGGGGAUUUAGUGGAGUCAGAGGCUCUGUUACAGCCGUUUGUGGACAAGUUUCCUAACGGUUCCAUCAUCCUGUUCUACACAGCACGGAUUGCUGUACUGCGUGGACAUUUCCAAAAGGCACAGCAGAAGUUUGAGGAAUGCAUUAGUUCUCAGCAGCAGUGGCGUCAGAUUCAUCACCUGUGUUACUGGGAGCUGAUGUGGUGUCACUCCUUCCAGCAGCAGUGGAGUGAAGCGUAUCGUUACGCUGAUCUGCUGUGCAGAGAGAGCCGCUGGUCUAAGGCGAUCUAUGUGUAUCAGAAAGCUGCUAUUCUCAGCAUGAUGAGUGAAGAUGAGCUGAAGAACACUGGGGAGGACAUUGUGGACUUAUUCAGGCAGGUGGAGGGCCUGAAGCAGCGUUUAGCUGGGAAGUCCAUCCCCACUGAGAAGUUUGCAGUGAGGAAAGCUCGUCGAUACUCAGGAGCCAAACCCAUCGCACUGGUCAUCCCUGCUCUGGAAAUGAUGUACCUGUGGAACGGGUUUACUAUCGUGGGGAAGCAGCCGGAUGCCACCGAGGCGUUACUGAUCACUAUAGAGAGAGCAGAGGAGCAACUGAGGAAUGAUCCCAAGCCUACAGAAUAUCACAUGGAUGAUGAGUGUUUGGUGCAGAUGUUGAAGGGUUUGUGUCUGAAACAUCUGGGCAGGUUACUACAAGCAGAGCUCUGCUACUCCCAUGUCAUCGCAAGUGAGAAGAGGAUUUUUUAUGAUCAUUAUUUGAUCCCUUUCACUCUCUAUGAGCUCGGUUUACUCUACAAACUACAGGGAGACGUCACCAAGGCAACCAGAUACAUUGAAGAUGCCAAGGUGAAUUAUAAAGAUUAUUCCAUGGAGUCUCGUUUGCAUUUUCGCAUCCACGCUGCACUGAACAGCCUGAAAGGUACUCCGGUAAACUCACCAUAGCAACGGGCACAUCACAUGCUGACCUUUGACCUUCAUGAUGGGAGCAACAUCAUCACAGUACUGUAACGAGUGAAACACUCCAAAAAACACACUCACACACACACACACACACACAC